AUGGUAUACUCGGUCAUGGACUGUGUCUGGAAAGAACGAUUGAGGAAAAGAAAUGCCGUGGGUAGAAUUCCGGACGAUACUAUCCCCAAACGGUAAGGGGGGUAAUAUUAUUUUAACUCGGGAUUAUUUCAGCUCUUGUAAGUGGCCGAACAAGACAAAGUACGACAUUGUUGGACAUCUUCCGAUGGAGGUAAGCUUUGUGUUCUGCGAGGUCACUCUUUCUCAGUUUUUCCAUUGUUUGGUACCUAAUUUUAGUUGGUCGAGAUAAUUUCUUCAUGUUUAUCAGCCAAUGAUCUGAAAGCAAUGGGGCAAGUGAAUAGAAGAUGGCGUCGGAUUACAUCAGGAAAUAGAAUAUGGUCUCUGGCUUGCGGUAAAGCGGCCAUCGAGCCUGUGAAUGAGGUAGAAGAUGACCAUCAACUAUAUUGGAAAUACAAUUACUUCCAGUAAGUGCGUGUAAAAACUUUCCUAGAACUAUUUACAGUCAUCGAAAGAUUCGUAGGAACUGGACGAAUUUGACUUAUACCAGGGAAUUUACUUUUACGUUGAAAAAGAAGUUCAUUGCAAGCACGGAGUAAGUAAUAUUUUUUCAUUACCAUUAAUCGUUUAGUGAGGUCAACCAGGUUUACUUCCAUGGUUCCAAGGUCAUCUUGUAUCUGGAACGAAGGGUUAUUGUCUUCUGCACCGAAGCCAACAAGGUUCAUUUUUUUAGGUAAUCACCCUCUAUUUUUUGCUUUAAGUUGAUCUGGGAUUACGUUGAUGCUUUCAAAAUCCCUUUGUUAGCUGCUGGAUGGCAUUCCAAGUUUAUCAUAGCCGAACAAGAUUGUAUAUUAGUCUUCUUUUGCUACCGCGCGGUCCUUUUCUGUCUGAAAACGGGUAAGAUAAUAUGGGAGGACAGGCAAUUCGAUUCACAUCUCUUUCAUAUCCACGCCCUCUGCAGGAAUCACAUGUAAGUUUAAUGUGAAUUGUUUAUUUUUUUAAGUGUAAUGAGGUUCUUUGCCAAUGGGAGUAUCAGAGUGAUCGACUUCGCGAGCGGUCGAGGCCAAAUGCUUUGGGACCGUUUCUUCCCCGCCAUUUAUUGUGGAGAAAUGUCAGAAGAUAUGUUAUAUGUGGGAGUCAUAGGAUCUCGGUUAAUGGCCCUGGACCUGAAAACGGGAGAUCUGAUCGCCUCCAUUACUCUUAAUGGAACCACCGAAUUUAUCAAGGUGGGAUGCUUGUUUGAUUGUAAAGCUUCUGGUUUUAGUUGAUCCCCUCACAUGGAUUGAUUGCUGUCCGAACCCAGUUAUAUUCUUCGAGUAUCUACCUGCUGAAUAAAGAAACUCUCACAGUCGUACGAGCUCUUCCUAUUCGGGGCUUCAGCACUACUUUGGAAGUUGUUGACGAGAAUUUUUUGGUUAGUGCUAUGUCUUAUAGUGGAGGAAUAAGAGUAAGUUUAUUAGGCUAGGUUUCUUUUUAUCAUACAUGUACUUAUGAAGUAAUAUAGGUAUGGAAUAUUAAUAAGCAAAGAGGCCAAGUCAGCCCGAGGAAUGAAAUCCAUCAUUCAAAUCGGGUAGAAUGGUGUGUUAAUGUAAUCGACGACCUGGUAAUCACCAAAGAUUCUUUGGCUGUGAAUUUAUGGAGAUCGAAGAAAGGCGAGUCUGUCUCGUUUGUUGUGUAAUCUAACGUAAUUUCAGUUAAAUUCCUCCGUCAAAUACGCGGGAAUGCGAGCCAGGAUAACAAAUUGGAUUUCUUUGUCUCCAAGAAUAUGAUGGCGUAUUCAGAAGGGUACUAUGGGGGCACGUAUAUACUCUAUGUCAAACAAUUCUGUCCCAAGAAUCCAAAGAUCGACUAUUUAUUGUUCAAGAAGAUGUACAAAGGAAUCCUAUAA